GUCAAGAUGACCAUCCUGCCCAAGAAGAAGCCACCACAACAGGGGUCAGGGUCAGGUGAGGUGGAGGGUAGUGAGACAGCCUCCUCCACCACCCACCAGCACCAGAUGCCUAUGGGUUCCCUUCCCAACCAUAUACAGGCUGGGGAAGGGACGAGCCGGGGCACCUUGUAUUUGUCAUCACAGUCACCACCCCCUUGCUGGCCUCCCCCACCUCCCACGUCAACACCCCGGGAGGAGAAGCGCUCAUCUCAUGCAUCUCCUUCACAUUUUGAAGAUGCACAUGAGAGUGGUCCAUCACACAGUAAGCGCCGCUACCGAGCCAGCCCCCUCAGAAGUGUGCGUCCCAAACACCGUGACCAUAGAGAACACCGGGGCAGUACCUCUCCACCUUACCCAAGUACAAGUAGCGGGUGGAGCGUGACACCAGUGAACCACCCUCACCCCCAUCAGCAUACACAUCCUCACCCACAUCCUCACCCUCAUCCACAUCCUCAUCCACAUCCACAUCCACAUCCUCAUCCACAUCCACUACCCAUGUCAAACUCUAUUGCUCCCGCCCUUCCCCCGGCUCUCUCCCCACAGGCUGGACCCUCGCAACCCCCAGAUGAAGAGGACAAUGACCAUAGCGGGUACAACAGUGGAGACGAAUAUGAGCCGUUUGGGUGGAACCUAACUGCUGAUCAGUGGGAGGAGAAAGAGCGAAGAUUUGAAAAGAAGAUGAAGAAAAAGGGUCUCAUGAUUAAGAAGAUGCGUGAAGAUGGUGCUUGUCUUUUCCGUGCCAUCGCUGAUCAAGUUUAUGGUGAUCAGGAUAUGCACAGCAGUGUUAGAAAAAACUGCAUGGAUUAUGUAGCCCUUAAUGAAGAUGCUUUUGCUCCCUUUGUAUCCGAGAACUUCCAGACAUAUGUACAAAGAAAGAGACGAGAUGACUGCUUUGGCAACCACAUAGAAUUAGCAGCCAUGUCAGAAAUGUAUAACCGUAUCAUCGAAGUAUAUUGCUACAGUGUAGAACCUAUCAACAGUUUCCAAGGUAGCCUAGAGACUGACAAUGAGCCUAUCCGGUUAAGUUACCAUAUGGGCACGCACUAUAACAGCCUGGUGGACCCCUUCAAGGCCACCAUUGGUGUAGGUCUGGGUCUGCCGGGCUUCCAGCCAGGUCAGGCAGAGAAAAAUUUAAUGAAGGAGGCAACCAGGCAGAGUGAGAACGUUCAUCUGGAGCAGGCUAUGUUAGAAGACAAAAUCAGAGCUACAGAUUUUGAGGCCACAAGCGAGGCUAUAGAAGAGCAGGUUGCCCGUGAGAGUUACCUUCAGUGGUUACGAGAAAACGAUCAGCGCUCCAAAGGCCAGCGAUCUCCCUCUUCACCGUCGGGCUCCAGCUCCAGUGAUCGCUGUACUCGAGGACGCUCCUCGCCUAUCCAUCAAAGCUCUCAGGCAGAAGGAUCCACGGAAACUUCUCGUAGCUCCCCUCGUUCAUCCCCUUGCACCACUGAGUUGGCUAGGUUAUCACCUCGUAAUUCCACUUCGCCUCGUGGAUCCAUGUCGCCUCGUAGUUCUACAUCUCCUCGUGAUUCAACAUCACCAAGGAGUUCCUCUUCACUUCGUGGAUCAUCAAGCUCCAAAGAGACAAGCUCUGAGCCCAACCAUGACCCAGCUGUUCCUGGCUCCUCCAAAGACCCAAUGCCCUCAUCCUCAGGAUAUUCCUCCAUAGGAGACUUCACUGUUAAUGAAAGAGCAUCUUUCCUAAAUCACCUUCCUCCUAACAUAUUUG